AUGGCUACCGCUGAAACGCGGGAAGAGUUCGAAAGCCGACGCGGUAGCAGCGGCGGUUCAUCGGUCUCGUCAAGAGAGCUUUCAAAAGAUGGGAGAGAUGAGAGGACAGCGGUGGACAACAUUUCCAGGACCACUUAUGCGAAUCGUUGGGCUAGAGCCCUCGAGCGAUGUGAAAAAACGCUCAAUAAGACCGAUUACGAAACAGUAGUUCGAUAUGACUCCCCCGAGAAACUCAUUAAAGGUCUAGAGGAGCUUCAACGGGAGAACGCGGCAAAGUCCGAGGCCAAACAGACUCUUUUAUCCAGACUUGUCGAUCAAAUCCGCCCAACCCAGAGCUCAAUUAAGAAGCUGCUCGCAAUUUUCAUUGCUGCAAUGAUGCCUAAUGCAGUGACGUCGACGUUGGCAUUCGGACUGUUGUACCUUUGUGUCAAACUUUGUAGGGACGGCACCAACGCAUCAAGGAGCUUGGAGAGCAUGAUCGCCAAAAUCAAACGGCGCUUGUCUCUCAUGGCAAGAUACUCGAAUGGCAUUUCUUCCGAUGAAAAUGACGAGAUCUGCCUCACUUUCAUUGAUGUUUUUGAGGAUCUCAUUCUACUAUGGAGCCAUUUCGUGAAGUACACGCGCGACCACCCACCACAGACCAACCUAUUUCAGAAAGAUCAACCUAAUCUUGAAAAACUGUUUCAAGAAACUCUCUGUCGCAUAGACGACUCCAUCAACUACCUAGGUCGCUUGCGUGAGCUAGGGGUAAACGUCAUCGAAUCACAUCUUCAAAGGACCGAUCUUGAACCACGAGCGUUGGCUGCAACAGCUUCUUUUCCAAUCUAUCUGCUACCCGAAGAGAGAACAGAAUAUUUUGUUGGGCAUGUUGACCUCUUGGCUACUAUGCACCGAUAUUUCAAGGAUGCUGACAGCGAGAAAGAUCCCUUGAGGAUUUACUCACUCUGUGGUAUUGGUGGUGUCGGCAAAACCGAAAUAGCAGUUAGAUAUGCCAAAAUGCAUCUCGACGAGUUCAACGCCAUCUUCUGGGUCAAUGCCGAGUCUAAGGGACACUUGCAACAAGGCUUCACAAAAAUUGCCUUGGCGCUUGGUCUUCCUGAUGUGAAAAUUGAUGGUGAUCCCGAUCAUCAUUUGACUUUGGUUCAUCAGUGGCUAAGGGAAACCGACAAAAGCUGGCUUUUGAUCUUCGACAAUAUGGAGAAAUACGCUCAAAUACAGAGAUUUCUUCCGUUUGGAUGCCAAGGCUCGCUCAUCGUCACCUCACGUUACCCUGCACAAGCAAAAUUGUGUCGCAGGAGGCUCGGAAUGGUUGAGCCCCUAUCGUCCUCAGAUUCCGAAACCUUGUUUCUGAGGCUGUUGCACGAGCUUCCGAAUGUAGUAGAAGAGGGCCAAGAAGUCACCAGUAUCGUUUCUACUAUGUCAGUGGAAGAGAAAACAGCCAUCGACUAUCUCCUUGCCCAGCUGGACGGCCUUGUACUUGGAAUUCAACAGAUUGUCGCACUGAUCAAACAUCAGCAGCUAGAGGAUGAUAUUUCAAGGUUUGCUGGAAAGUAUCGACGGCGGCCGCAUAAUAUCCAAGCCAACUCAUCUGCUAUCGCCGGUCAUACGCUUGCUACACUUUGGGAAAUGAGCUUCGCAGAGGCACGCAAGAAUAAACACUCUUUCAUGCUCUUGGGAAUUAUCUCUUGCCUUCAGCCGGACGAAAUCCCGGAGGCUAUCUUCAAUUCGUCGAUUGCGGAGGGAGAUCUCUCAUUCUGUGCCGAUGAAGAUGACUUAGACGAUGCGAUUGAGGCUCUAAGGGAGCUGUCUCUAAUAGAUCGACGAAGAGACAAGCUGAGUAUCCAUCGACUUGUCCAGACUGCGUUUCUGUUCCAGAUAGAUCUGUCUCAAGAUGAGAGGCAGCGGAUCUUCGACUCUGCAUCAAGUCUCGUUGACCAUGCAUUCCCUGCGAGGAAGAAAGGUCAUCAUAUGUAUAACGAGUGGACAGCAUGCCAAACGUAUAUUCAUCAUGCAACCUCCCUCGCCACCUUGUAUGCUUGGCUCAAGCGAGCCGGCCAUGCUGUUGUUGCGCCACAAACAUUUCAACAUCUUAUGCCUGCUUGUGUAUGGCACCUAUACGAGUGUGGCUCUGAACGCGAAGGUCUAGAGAUGUUUGACAUAGCGAUCAAUUCAUCUAGCGACAAAGAUAGCCUUGAUUAUGCGCAGCUGCUGAAUUCCGCCAUGAGCAACUAUUUCAAAUUGAAUGAAAUUGGUAAUGCGAGAAGGGUGUUGGAGGAAAGCUGUGCUAUACGCGAACGACUACUGCCGCCUGACAGUGAGGAACUUGCAGCAACAUACGGCAACUUCGGUUCCGUAGAAUUCGCCGAAGGACACCUCGACACCGCUCUGGAUUACUACCGCCGAGCCCAGGCAAUACGUACCGGUCGCCCAGGCGUAGAAGCAAUGUUAGGUUUGGUUCAUUUGUGUAUUGGACGUGUGCUUUUUGCAAAAGGCGACGUCGAAAACGCUCUUCGUGAAUACAAGCUGUGCGAGGAGCUCUAUGCGCCGUUUGGACCGGAGCACUAUCUACAAGUAAGAAUCAACUUCACAUGGGGUGGUACGGAGUUGGGCAGGGGGAACUACGAAGCUGCUCGUCAACGCCUGACGCAUGCACUUCGUAUUUCGCUAAAGCAGACACCGAGUGAUAUGAAAUUAGCAGCUACGUACUUCAAGCUUGGUUGCAUCGAGACGGAGCUGAAGAACUAUUAUGAAGCAAUGGAUGCACUUAGCAAAGGUCUCAAGAUCGCGAGACUACAUGGGGAAGAUGGCAGCGGAGAAGCUGCCCGUAUUCUUCGAAGGCAAGCUCUGGUUCUAGAAAGGUGCCCAGAAUCGCCGGAAGUCCUUGCGCUAGCAGAUAUGCAGGACCCUGAGCACUUGCGAGGUGAAGCUGAGGCUAUUCUGCGAAAGUUACGACAGGGCAAGGAAUUCGAUGAGGGUGAUGAUGAAGAUAAACUGUUUGAUAGCCUAGUUAAUCCAUUUAAUAGAUAA